AUGAAUCAAACCGAACCUCUAGACCUAUCAAAAAAGAAAUCAAGUGUGCAAAUUGUCGACUACAGAUUUCUAUGCGGCCUAAAUGAUCACCUACUGAAACUUUAUGAACGGACUAAUACGGUUGAGAAAUCGUGCCUCAAAGUUACUAAAAGUGUAUUGCCGUGUGAAGUAUGUUUGAAGACGUUUGAUCGACCUUCUCUUUUGAAGCGGCAUAUGAGGACUCAUACAGGCGAAAAACCCCACGUUUGCAACAUAUGCGGAAAAGGCUUCAGUACAUCCAGUUCACUGAACACGCACCGCAGGAUACAUACAGGAGAGAAGCCACACAAAUGUCCGGAAUGCGGAAAAUGUUUCACCGCAAGCUCCAAUCUCUAUUAUCAUCGGAUGACACACACGAAGAACAAGCCCCACAAAUGUGGAGUAUGUCCACGUUCCUUCCCAACGCCAGGAGAGCUACGGUCUCAUCUAUCCUGCCAUAGACAAAUCGGUCAACCUGUCGACGAACAAGUCGGCACACGGAUUUGGCCUUUUAUUUCUUCGUUCAAGAAUUCUAAUUAUUUAUAA